AAAAAAUUAAGAAGAAAAAGGAAACGGUGGUGAAAAUAAGGAGUAGCAUCACGUGUAAAGCAACGGCUAAAAGAUUAUUCGUCAAACCGUUGUUUUCUGCUGAUUUCAUCGGCGACCCGCCGCAUGGCCGCCUUCAAACAACGCAGUUCCCUUUCAUCGUCUCUUCCACCAUCUCGCCUCUCCGAUUCCGAGAAAAUGGAUGUUACUGGUACUUGGGAAGCCAUUGAAUGGACUCAUAAUGAGCCGAUUGGUCGGACUGUUUCUCAUGGAUUUUCCAAUUUUUUGCUUGAAGCUGAAGAAGUUAUUAAGGAGGGAUUUGGUGUUGUUCUUGUGAACACUGACGAAGCGGGCACAUUGCUUGUCACCAAUUACCGACUACUUUUUGUGAGUGAGAAGACCAGAGACAUAAUUGCACUUGGAACAAUACCAUUGGCAGCAAUUGAGAAGUUUAACAAAAUUGUUGUUAAGCAACCAUCAGGAGUGCGUCAUUUUGACAAGUCUUUAACACGACGCCUUCUUCAAGUUUUUGGCAAGGAUUUAAGGAUUAUAGUAUUUGGUUUUCGACCUCGAACGAAGCAGCGACGUGCUGUCUACGAAGCUCUUUUGCGGUGUACAAGACCGACAAGACUAUGGGAUCUUUAUGCUUUUAUUUGUGGACCUUCUAAGUAUAAUGGCAAUAAUCCAAAGGUUCGGCUGUUAGAUGAAUAUUUUCGGCUUCUUGGAAUAAGUUCCUGUUUUCGUCCGUUAGAUAGUAUGAAUGACGAAGGAUCAUUCACCUUGUCCAAUUCCUGGUGGAGAAUAAGCAGUAUUAAUUCCAACUACUCAGUAUGUGCGACAUACCCAUUUGCCUUGAUAUUUCCAAAAUCAUUUACGGAUGAGGAAGUACUACAGGCCUCAACUUUUCGGGCUAGAUGUCGGCUGCCUGUAAUAUCAUGGUGCAAUCCCGGAACUGGUGCAGUUCUAGCACGCUCAUCCCAACCAUUAGUUGGUCUCAUGAUGAACAUGAGAAGCAAUGCAGAUGAAAAGCUAGUUGCUGCUCUUUGCACACAGUUCACUGAUGGAAGGGAGGGGAGGAGGAAGUUAUAUAUUGCUGAUGCUAGACCCAGGAAAAAUGCUUUAGCAAAUGGGGCAAUGGGAGGUGGUUCCGAGUCAUCUGCUAACUACUUUCAAUCAGAGAUAGUUUUCUUUGGCAUAGACAAUAUACAUGCCAUGAGAGAGAGCCUGUCUCGUCUUAGAGAAUACUUGGAUACUUAUGGGACCACUUCAUCCGAUGGAAUGUCUUCAUAUCUUAGGCAUGGUGGAUCUACAUGGGGAGGAGGUAAUCUUAGCAGUAUGUCUACUUCAGUGUCAACCCUUGGUGACAGUGGAUGGUUAAUUCAUGUCCAGAGUGUUUUGGCUGGUGCUGCUUGGAUUGCUGCACGCAUAGCAAAGGAAUCUGCUUCAGUUCUUGUUCAUUGCAGUGAUGGUUGGGAUAGAACAACUCAGUUGGUAUCGCUUGCAAGUUUACUUCUUGAUCCAUACUACAGAACAUUCAAGGGUUUUCAGGCGCUUGUUGAAAAGGAUUGGCUUGCCUUCGGUCAUCCAUUUUCUGACCGUACUGGUCUUCCGACUUUAUCUGGGAGUGGUCAUAUGCCUUCAGAACUGUCUCGACAGUCUUCCACUAGUAGUUUGCAUUCAUCUCCUAUACGUCAGCAGUCUGGAUCGUUUGCCCAACCUUCUGGUUCUUCACAUUCACACAGUUUGAACCACUAUUCUCCCAUCCUUUUACAGUGGGUCGACUGUAUUUCACAAUUAUUGCGAAUGUAUCCUUUUGCUUUCGAAUUUUCUUCGGCCUUCUUGGUUGAUUUCUUGGACAGUGUGCUCUCUUGUCGCUUUGGAAACUUCCUAUGCAAUAGUGAAAAGGAAAGGCAAGAAUCUGGAGUUUCUGAUUCUUGUGGAUGCUUGUGGAGCUACUUGACUGAGAUGCGUUCCUGUGAUGGUCAGUCACAUGUACACUAUAAUCUCUUUUAUGAUCCAAUAAAACACAAUGGUCCACUGUUACCUCCGGCUGCUGCACUUGCGCCUACACUAUGGCCACAGUUUCAUCUUCGUUGGGCUUGUCCAAAAGAAGUCGAGGCUGGUGACCUUGAAGCUAGAUGCAGAGGCAUGGUUAAUAAAUUCUCUGAGUUGCAGAAGGCUAAAGAUGCAGCAGAAAGGAAGACUAGAGAAAUUACAGCCAACAUAGAAUCUUUAACCUCGGAAUUGAGGAAUGAGAAACAACUGAGCAGCUCUGCUGUGCACUUGGCUAAAAAGGCCACCAAGGAAAAUGCAGCUAUUAAACGAGCAAUUCAGUCACUGGGUUGCAAGAUUCACUUUUCAAGUAAUGGGGACACCACUGUUGAUGUGGAACACUAUAUAACCGAGUCUCCUCAGAAAUCGAUGUACUCACCUUCAAAACUAGAGUCUCAGAGAACGAUUGAAUGUGACGAUGAGUCAGAUCUCUCCGUUUCCAUAGCACUUACGGCCGCGGAUGAUGAUCUUCCGACCGAUUCUUUUAGUAGGAUAUGUCAAUCCCUUUGUCCAUUACAUUCACCAGAUGGCCAUUGUAGAUGGCCUGAAGCAGGUUGUGCUCAGAUAGGAAGCCAAUUCGUUGGUCUCAAGGCAAACUUUGAUGCUUUUGAUCGGUUAAACAUCGACGAUGGUUACUUCUGAAGCUUAUAUUGAUCCAAUUUUGAGCUAGUUUUGGGUUUAGGCAAUUUUUACCUGUUCUUUUGUAUAGUCAGUCAGAAGUUGCAUGAGCUGUUUGUGCGAGGAGAAAGUAAUCGUUCACUCAUUUAGCUCUUUGUACAAUUAGAAUAAAGAUGACUGUUUGACCCACAUUUUGAUUUGGGUCUUGGGAUUGUACAGACAUACCAUAUAUAGAGUUGGCAGCUCCGUUUCAUCCUUGCUGAUUUUAAGAAGUAAAUCUUGACCGAUCUUCUAGGACCAAGAUUUGUUGGUCUCUCGACAUGCCAGUUAACCCGGAGGUAGAUGAUUGUCUGAUCGUUUUAUGAAGAAAAGCUAAGGAAGUUGUACAGCAUUCAUUAGUAUAAGCAUAACAUAUUGAAGAGUUUUUGAUGUAUACUUGCAAUUUUUGGGGGAAACUCUGCUAUUACCUUUUAUUUUAAAUUCUUUGACUACUAUGUUAUUACUUUUUGAUUCUAUUUUUUUGUUGGGUUUUAACCUAAAACCCUAAUUAAGAGGUUACAAUCCCAUUACUAUAGAAUAAGGACAUAAUUAUCAAUUUAUUAAAUAUCAAAAA